GUGAUGCCCACCUGAAAGCCGCUUUUUCAUCUGUGGAAUGGGGACCAUGAUUCCCCCCAGGGCCUGAAUUCCCUUUAAAGAUUCCUACAGAGUGUUCGUCAUGUGAAGGAUGGUGCUAUUUGAUUUCGCUCCUACUUCUCAUUGACAGUACACACUAGGAGUCGUGAGAAAUAACUGUCACUCUCUGAGGGUGGAAGCUGCCAUGAUUUACAAAGACAAGAAGUAAUUUUCAUGUAAUCACAAGAUGACUCAGGAUGGAUCCUGAAGCUGCUAGGCUGGAGAAGCAGCAUGUACAUGAUGUAUAUGAGAGCACAGCCCCGUAUUUUAGUGAUCUGCAGAGCAAAGCCUGGCCACGAGUCCGCCAGUUUCUCCAGGACCAGAAGCCAGGCAGCCUCGUCGCUGACAUUGGCUGUGGAACUGGAAAAUAUCUUAAAGUAAACAGCCAGAUACAUAUCCUGGGCUGUGACUACUGUAAGCCCUUGGUAGAGAUUGCCCGGAAUGGAGGAAGUGAAGUCAUGGUAUGUGACAACCUUAAUCUCCCCUUUAGGGACCAGGGCUUCGAUGCUGUCAUCUCCAUAGGAGUCAUACAUCAUUUUUCCACAAAACAAAGAAGAAUCAGAGCAAUCAAAGAAAUGGCCAGGGUCUUAGUCCCAGGAGGUCAGCUGAUGAUUUAUGUCUGGGCAAUGGAACAAAAGAAUCGCCACUUUGAAAAGCAAGACGUGCUUGUUCCAUGGAAUAGGGCCUUCUGUUCCCGGCUCUUCUCAGAAUCCAGACCGUCUGGGAAAAAUCAGCAGUGUGGACAUCCAGAAAGCAGCCAGGCCUGCCAUCCUGAGGGUACAUGUUCUGUUUGUUUCAAGGAGCGCUGUGACUCCAAACGAUCCCACAGCAUGGACUAUGGGUCUGUCAUCUCCAGAGCCUGCUGUGGAAAUACAUCAAAGGAAGGGGAGCAGGAAAAUGGCUUCUAUAACACAUUAGGAAAGUCUUUCCGUUCCUGGUUUUUCUCCAGGUCUUUGGAUGAAUCGACUCUGAGGAAGCAGGUUGAAAGAGGGAGACCAUUGAGAACAGCAGAUGGCUGGACCAGGAAUACUAUAUCUAUCCAGCCUUCUAGACACUCAAGUUUAGAUUUGGAUCCCCGAGAGCCAUUUCCAGCCAAAGGGCCAAACUUGGAUGAGGAAGUAUUUGUGGAGAAUUCUUCUCAAAAACUGUUGGCGUGGCCGAGAACACCAAGCACUCCGAUGCACUUCCAGGGAGACCGUGGAGGAGAAAGUAAGCGAAAUGGAGGGGGGGAUUUUCUAACCAACACUUACAGUGAGAAUUGUAUGGAUGCAGGGAACUUAGAAGAAAGUGUCCCUUCUGCCAGUCAAAUAUUGAAAAGGAUUUCUGCAGUCAGCUCCACAGAUUCCAACCCAGAUGGCCCAGUACCCGUUGAUGAACAGCCUGACCUGCUGGAUUCCAAGGCCUUUAUGCGCUACUACCAUGUGUUUCGAGAGGGUGAGCUUUCUGACCUGCUGCUGAAGAACGCAAGGGAGCUCAGUAUUCUGAGCUCUGGGAAUGAUCAUGGCAACUGGUGUAUCAUCGCAGAGAAAAAGGAAAGUUGUGAUUAAAUGGACCAUUUCGGGCAACUUUUUCAAAAGAUCAACCAUGAGCUUCCCUGUAGCAUUGGUAUGGUUACCUGAAUUUUAUAAUAGUUAAAUCCCUGUAUAGCACAUAAAGCAUUUAGUGCAAGAUAUUGUCAAUACAAAGAUCUGAAAAGGCAAUAGAAAAUACCCUUCAGUAAUUUAAGUUUUAUUCCCAGCCCCAAGGAUGAAACUCUUAUAAGAAUACAUAUAUAUACAUAUAUAUAUAGUUUUUUCAGUAUUAUACUUUAAUCCUUUAGGAUUCUGCUGUUAAUAGACCUUUCAAGUAGUAUUUUUAUAUAAAGUAAAAGGGUAAUGUUCUACAUCUACAUGCGAGAAAACAAGGAAACAUAUCCUGAUGCUCAGAUGUAUAAAAUGUUGGAUCACAUGAUGGCCUAUUUCAUCAUGAAGCUUCUACUUAAGUCUUCCAACAAAUGGAAGACAACGGAGAGAUACAGAAAGUGUUAUGGCACUUGCCAAAAUU